UGCACGUCUGCGCGUGCGCACUGUAAAACGAGGAGGAGCAGUCUUCAGUGUUUUUGUUUGUAAUUUUCUUUUUAAGUUGGCGUUGUCAUUGAGUGUGAAAGGUCAUGUUGGCUACUUGGUAGUAAUUUAGCAAAUAGGUUGCCGUACAUUCCAAAUUCCGAGUCGUUCACGAAUGAUCAAAAGAGCAUUUUUUUACAACGAUAAUGAUCCCUACUCUAAUAAAUACCUUUUCAAACUGUUCGUUGAUUUUCAUGAAAAACACUAGUAAGUUCUCGAAAUGCAUUCGGGUGAGGUAUCAGCACAGUUUGUACGAUAUGGCAAUCAUAGGUGGUGGAAUUGUUGGCCUGGCAGCAGCAAGGGAACUUAUCCUGAGACAUCCUACACUAAGCUUUGUACUGCUGGAAAAGGAAAAAGAACUUGCUCAACACCAGAGUGGACACAACAGUGGAGUAAUUCAUAGUGGUAUUUACUACACCCCUGGUUCCCUGAAGGCUAAACUGUGUGUACGGGGUGCCGCAUUAACUUAUGAGUACUGUGAAAAGAAGGGCAUCCCCUAUAAAAGGUGUGGCAAGCUGAUUGUAGCAGUAGAGAGAGAAGAGAUUCCAAGACUAAAUGCCCUUUAUGAGCGUGGCCAAAGCAACAAUGUGCGAGACCUCUGCAUAAUUGAUGCUAAAGGAAUUAGGGAACGAGAACCAUACUGCAGGGGGCUAAUGGCUAUUGAUUCACCCUACACUGGCAUUGUGGAUUGGCAUCUGGUGUCUCUUACCUAUGGAAGAGACUUCCAAGCAGCAGGUGGUACUGUAAUUACAGAAUUUGAGGCUGCUGGAAUUUCAUCUGUGCCUGAGAGCCCAGCUGGCGAUACAAGUGGUAUUAAAUUUCCUAUUUCAGUUAAAAGUUUAAAGGGGGAUGAAGUACAGUGCCGUUAUGUAUUGACCUGUGGGGGUCUUUACUCUGAUCGUCUGUCGGAAAUCUCUGGCUGCAGUCCUGAGCCUCGCAUCGUCCCAUUCAGAGGGGACUAUCUGGUCCUGAAGCCAGAGAAACAUUACCUUGUCAGAGGCAACAUUUACCCUGUACCUGAUCCUCGUUUCCCCUUUCUUGGGGUUCAUUUCACCCCUCGAAUGGAUGGCAGUGUGUGGCUUGGACCCAAUGCUGUUUUAGCCUUCAAACGCGAGGGCUAUAGGCCCUUUGACUUUGACCUCUGGGAUUCAGUAGAUGCUCUGUCUUACAGAGGUCUUCAGAAGCUUGUGAUGAAGAAUAUCAUGUACGGAAUGGGGGAGAUGUACAAGGGAAUGUUUAUCAAUGCACAAGUCAAAAUCUUACAGAAGUACAUUCCUGAACUUUCUCACAGUGAUGUACUCAGGGGUCCUGCAGGUGUGAGAGCUCAGGCUCUGGACCGCAAUGGCAACCUAGUGGAUGACUUUGUGUUUGAUGCAGGCCUGGGUGAAGUGGGAAGCAGAGUUCUUCAUGUGCGGAAUGCACCCUCACCUGCUGCUACUUCUUCUCUGGCAAUUGCUGAGAUGAUUGCUGAUGAGGUUGAGAGACGAUUCAUUCUAUAGUAUUCCCGGUUUCCAGUACUUGCUUAUUUUAUAAUGAGAGGACUUCAAAUGAACAACUUCUGCCGAUUCUUAAGUGGGAAUCAAAUCAUGCAAAAUUGUUAAAUAAAUGAUUAAAUGUGAAAUAAUUGGAUAACUGUAGAAGUAUAUGUAGUUGUAAAUGACUUUUGAUGACUGUACACUCGGUGUCAUAUUUUUUUGAGUGGGUCUUCACACCUUUUGGAACAUUGUGGGUUCAGUGGGCUUAAGUUGAUACUCAAUUCAUUUAUAUUCAUUUAGUAUCUCUGGAACAAUGGGUUAAGAAUCAUUAGUCAAUCGUUUACAGUUUAUCAAAGUUUUCAUAAAUAUAUACUGUUCUCCAGUUAAUGUGUAUUGUGGGCUUUAUAAUAUUUUGGUUUUUACAUAAAACAUAAUUGAAUACUAUUCAACCUAAUUGGUUUGUAUAAUUGUAUGAAAUAUUUUAUAUAAUGUACUGUUUCAUUUGAGAUGCUAGAAUGAUAAUUGCAUUACUUCAAUAUGGAAAAAUGACUUCCCAAAGAGAAUUGUGUAUAUUGUAGGCUAUGGUGCGUGUUACGUGCAGUUAAUGACUAUAAUACAUUUUCAUGUUUCAAGGAUAAUCAAAGCUCUAUGAAAAACAAGCUUUCUACUGUUCCUCCACACUGUAAUAAAGUGCCGCAGGAAGAUGAUCCCUGCAGGCUUCAAAGCUCUUUACAAUCCAUUGUUCUCUUGUUCUGUCCUUAUAAGUUUUGAGCUGUACUUAACUGUUGACUUUGAAUUCCAGUUUGCCGUUCUCUGAUAUGGUUAUGGGGUUUUUACCAGGUUGUUACAGCCAAUAUAGCUUUUUAUCGUACAUUUUGUAUAUACAGUCAUGCACCACAUAAUGGCUUUCCUCUUCUGGUGUUGUUUCUUCACUAUAGGUACCCAUGUUUGUAUGUGUGUAUACCGAUGACCCAAAGCAUUAUGACCACCCUUAUGAGAAGAUCAUAAAAUUGGUACAUGUCAGGGUUUGAAACAGCAAGGCCUGUAGGGUGCUUACACAUAGCUAUGGUGAGUACCUAUGGAGAAUGGUCCAAGGAGAGGAAAAAUUAUGAACCACUGAUGGUAUGUUGAGCAGUCAGGAACAAUCAAUGUAGGAUGUGAACGAAGGCUAUCGCAUCUGGUACAAACCAUCAGAAAGGUUAAUGUGGCACAAAUGACAUACUACUCACAUGAUCAUUACCAAAGUUAUAUCGCAACACAAAGUGCAUGAAACCCUGUUGCUUAUGGGGUUACAUAUAGUGCCUGUGUUAGCCCCUGUCCACCAUCAUAUGUCUCUGAAUACAAUGGUAGAUUUUGUCUCCUUUGUUUGUGUUGUGUGGUUAGGGAUUGUAUUUUCUCAGGUUUGUCAGGAAUAGUCGUGUUUGGCUGGACAGGUGUUUCAAUGAAAUUGUGACUGUUAGAGCAGUUAUGUGGGAACAAAAUUCUUUUAUGUGCCACAUACUGUAAUUGGUCAAUAAAUUGUGAUUCUAAUUCUGAUUGCUGUUCAGACUGAAUUCAAUAUGAUGAAUACAAAGAUGCAUACAACAACUAGGUAUAACGAUUACUAGAAUUAGGCUGAAUUCUGAAUUGCACUAAAUGUGACCCAGGGGCGUUGUUAGGGAUGUUCAUUACCCCCCCACUCCCAAAAUAUAUGUACUAUAAUUGGUUUA